AUGGAGACGAGUUGCACGGCAUUGUUUGCGCGUUCUGUGGAGACUGGCCCCCUUCCAACUCGCCUCCCUGUCCCCUUUGUUGCCCUCCCUCUCUCCCCUAAGCCCCACUACAACUCGCCUCCUCAUCAUCCCCCCAGCACCCCUCCCCUCCUGGAAGGAAGGAAGAGUCAACUCACCCCUCAGUCCGCUUUUUUUCCCUCCCCUUCCUUCCUAAGCCCCCCUCCAACCCGCCUCCUCAUCAUCCCCCCAGCCCCCCUCCCCUCCCCUCUUCCGUCGCCCUUCCCUCCUGGGAAGGAAGGAAGAGCCAACUCGCCCCCCGUCACCUUUGUUUCCCUCCCCCUCCCUCUCCCCCCUACUAAUUCCCCCCUCCGACUCGCCUCAUCUCUUAUCAUCCAGCCCCCAGCACCCCUCCUCUCCUCUUUUCCAUCGCCCUCCCCUCCUGGGAAGGAAGGAAGAGCCAGCUCACCCCCCUCCGUCUCCCCCUCCCCCCCACUUCCCCUCUCUUCCUACUUCCGCCCUCCCCCCACUUCCCCCCUCUCCUCCCCCAACUGUCAUCACCAUCACCAGAUUCGUGCCGUGUCUCUACUACAGUCAAUAUCCCCCCCUUGCUGCGCCAGCAGUGGCAGUGAUCCACACCGUGUCUCUGCAGCCGUCAACGUUCCCCCCCUUGCUGCGUCAGCAAGCGCCAGUGCCAGCUCAGACCGAGAUCCGCGGGAAAUAUCUGACUCCCUCGCCCUCGAACCAGUUUCGAUCGGGCAGUGUAGAAAAGCUUCUGGGCUGACCGGCAGGGGCGGUAAAGGGGAGGCUGCUAUGGCGAAUGAUGGGGGUUCUAGCGCGUUCUGGAGGCGUGCGAAAGAAAUAGAGGCUCCCAUGUGCGCCAAGGUGCCAUUCUCCUUCCCUCCAAUGUUUGGAGACGUGCGGGACGACCCCCACCACUGGCUCAGGGACGAGAGGCGCGAGAAUCCGCAAGUCCUGGCGCAUUUGGCGGCAGAGAACGCAACGUGGAGGUGUAUGGGGAUCACAGCGGCUCGCGCUUCUUCCUCCUCCGCCGCUCCCCCCAACUACAGGGCUUGGAGCUCCCUUCUCCCCUUUGCAGCAUCCGCCCAUCCUCUCUCCCCAUUUCUCCCUUCCCCCCCUCGCCUUCCUCAGAACGUGGAGGUGUAUGGGGAUCACAGCAGCUCGCGCUUCUUCCUCCUCCGCCGCUCCUUCAGGAGCCUUUGUGCCCUCUUUUCCUCGCCUCUUCACCCCUGUCCCCUCCGCCUCUCCCCUGCUCUCUCUCACCCCUUUCAGAACGUGGAGGUGUAUGGAGACCACAGCGGCUCGCGCUUCUUCCUCCUCCCCCUCUUGAUUCGUUUCUCAUCUAAUCCCCCUUCUGCUCCUCCCUCCU